CUAGUAAAAUGACGUAAUAAAAGAUUCUUUGUUUGUGCAAAACUAGAAGUAACAUCGUGCCCAUCGUAGCUGUAAUAUAUCACCAAACCAUUUUCGUUUGUACAAAAUCACAAAACUUUUAGUCAAUUUCACACUCAUCGGACGCUCCGUUUCUCUGAAUCAAUAAAUUAACACAUUAAGUAAAACAAUUUCUCGUAGUUUGGCCGUUGAUGUUGUUUUUCUCCGAGUGCGAUAGAUAUACACAUUAUAUUUCAUUUUGAUUGCUGUUUUGUUGUGUGAUUGUGAAAAUUUCGUUCAAUUAAAAUCGUGGUGUGCUCAUUGAUAAUUUUGGUCAAGUGUGUUAACGAUAUAAGUCGGACUGUUCGACCGUUCAAUAAAUUGCUUAUUGCUCCGAUAAUUGUCUGUUCAAUCAGAAGUGCAUCCAGACCGUGAAUCCAGUGAAUCCAGUUUCAAUAAAAUAAGAGAACAUUCGAAUUCGUGAGGUUAUGUCGAACAUGGAAAAAUGUGGUCAAAGUAAACCUGACCAAACUGAUCAAAAAUUAGAUGACAAUAAUCGGAAUCAUCCAGCCAACAAGAAAGAUGAGAAACUAAUUGCCGAACUGAAAGCUCAUAUUCCCGAUGUGGAGAACAUAUUCAACGUUCAUCGUCGGAUCGGUGAGGGUACAUUCAGUACCGUGUUCCUUGCAACACUUAAGUGUCACGAGAAUGUUUCGCCCAUCAAGCGAAAACUGUUUGCCGUUAAGUACCUCAUUCCAACCAGCCACCCGAAUCGCAUCGAAAGAGAAUUGAAAUGUCUUCUGGAAAUCGGUGGAGUGGACAAUAUCGUUGGUGUGGACUUAUGUCUCCGUCGAAACGAUUCUGUUGCAUUUGUAAUGCCGUACGUUCCCCAUGAUAAAUUCCACAACUACUUCCAUAAGUUGGACGCCAGAGAGCUGCAGGAUUACAUGCGAAAUUUGCUGGUUGCAUUGCGACGUGUGCAUAGCUUUGGAAUUAUCCACCGUGACGUGAAACCAAGCAAUUUUUUACAUGAUCGAAAAAACCAAAAGUAUUUGCUGGUCGAUUUUGGAUUGGCACAAAAUGUAAUUAGAAAAGAAGAUAGUACAAAUAUGCUUGGCGAAACAAGUAACGAUAAGAAGCGUAAAGCUUCGGAAAUUGAAGAGACUGAAAAUUGUUAUGCAUUGUCUGCACCAAAACGUGCCCGCACUCAGUAUUCUCAGCAGGAACAAUCGCAACAGCAGCAGCAGCCGGCAACGCCACCGCAAGAGCAACAACCGUCACAGCAGCAGCAACAACAACAACAACAAUCAUCGGCUGUUGCACCCGAUGAAAAUGCAUCACAACGAAGAUUGUUAAACUCAAGCAUUCCACCGCCCCCAUUCAAAUCGCCGCUGAAAGAAGUCAAUGAACUGUCUCGGCCGAAGAACAUAUUCAGAUCGGCUAGUUUAGACGCACCAUUGACCAGGCACAUCAAAUCGGCGGUACUGGGUUUUAGUAUUAAAUCGAAAAUGGAAAACCAAAGGUCUUCACCGAAUCCAACUGCCGCAAAUCCCACCAAGUACACAACGGACAAUCGACGCAGUGGCAACAACGUGGCUUGUUACUGCUACGGAAAGUCGACGGUGUGCAAUUUAUGUCUUGUUAAGAAAGAAAUCCAAGCAUCACGUGCUGGUACUCCAGGUUACCGUCCACCGGAAGUUUUGCUGAAAUAUCAGAACCAAUCAACGGCCGUCGAUAUCUGGGCUAUUGGCGUUAUUAUGAUCUCAAUACUCUCGGCCUGUUAUCCAUUCUUCAAGGCAUCGGACGAUUACACUGCUCUUGCUGAAAUAACCACCGUUUUUGGCGACGAGAUAAUCAAAAAAACAGCGCUAUCUCUGUCGCGUCACGUGUGCAUCAGUCGCAAAAAGCAGCCACUACACUUGCGUAAAUUAUGCAUUCGCCUGCGAAAUCGUUCCAGCUACAGUGGAUCGGCCACAACGGCAACACCGACCGACGAUAAAAAACAUUUGCUUAAGAUCUGCGACAAUUGCCAACAGAAAUCGUUCGAAUGCUUGUGCGAGCAUUCGGAUUUGAAUAUGGACUUUACCAGUGACAUUUAUCCGGCCAGUGCAUACGACUUGAUGUCGAAACUGUUGACCAUCGAUCCAAGAAAUCGUAUAUCGGCCGCGGAUGCCCUUGAACAUCCGUUUAUGAAGGAGAAUUUGUAAUGGUCGGAUUCGAUGGUCGAAUGCGGGAUGUCGAUUCGAUUGAUUUAUUCAUUUUGUUUCUUUUUUCCCUUAUUUUUAUUCAAAAUUUUUGACAAUUACUUUUUAGGAGUCGAAUUAAAUAGAAACGUUUAAUCCGAUCAUUCAAAAUUUAACUUACCAUCUCCUCCACCCACCAUCAUCUGGACGAAAAGCGCAUGCAACCCCAUCCCCAUCUAUUAUUAAGAAAAAUAAAUUUUAAACAAAAAAAACAGUUGCAAUUUUAAA